AUGGAAAAGCGAAAAGCUUUCCCGUCUUCCAGGGACUACACCAUCGGACCAUCGAACUGUGGCUUCCCUCCGUCAGGUGGGCAGGGGGCACUCAUCUCCCAACAGGGCUAUGAGCGGGAGCAAAACUUCGCGGAAACUGCACCUACCACACCUGAAUACUUUCCCUCCAACAGUCUUUCCUUUCAACCAGAAAAAACACUCAGACCCGCCGCCAUGUUGUCCACUGUUUACGUUGCUUGCCUUUUAGCUGCCUCUGCCUUUGCUACCCCCGCCAGUCACGCUCCUCGUGGCUUCGCCCAAUACUCCCAAGACGCGGCCAGUGCUGAUCGGACCCGUGCCUCGCAAGCGUCCUCUACCCCAUGGGGCAGCAGCAUGAGCAGCUCUGACACAAUCAAUUCCGCCAACAGCCACAACUCGGGCUCCGCUUACAACAGCGGUCUCGGAAAUGGCCUCGCUUUCGCCGGUGGUGUUGAUCCUGUUUUCGGUGGUGGCGCCGGUUUCGGCAACUUCCAAGGCGGUGGCUACAAUGCCUUGAGCGCCAACAGCGCCAAUGCCAACAGCUUCCAAGCUGGAGGUAUUGGUGGGUUCGGGGCCGGCGGCAGCAGCUUCUCAUCCAGCCAGCAGAGCUCGAGCGUCUCGUCGGUCAGCUCCAGCUUCCAAAGCCUCAACGGGCUCAUCGGUGGCUUCCAAUCCCAGCUUGCCGCCGGGCAACUCACUCGGGACGUCGCCUUCCAGCGAUGCCAGCAACUCGCCCAGUCCUUCCAGGCCGUCUUAAGCCAAGCCAACAACUGUGGUAAUUGCUUCAGCGACCCUGGCCAAUUCGGCAGCAUCGCCUCCAGCACCUUGAGCCAGUUCACCAACUUCGUGAGCUCGCUACAAACCAGCUUUGGUGGAAACGCCUUCAGCCAAAUCGCUUCUCCCUUGGUGGGUCUCACCUCGUCCUUCCAGCAGUUCUUUCAGCGAACCUCCGCCUCCUCAGCGAUCAGCACCAGCAGCCUUAUCCCCCAGAACUUUGGCCCUGUCUUCCAAGGAAUCAUGCCCUCGCUCGUCCAGCAGUUCAGCGCCAACAGCUUCAACCAACAAUCGGACAGCAACAGCUUCCAAGCUGGAGGUAUUGGUGGGUUCGCGGCCGGCGGUAGCAGCUUCUCAUCCACCCAGCAAAGCUCCAGCGUCUCUUCGGUCAGCUCCAGCUUCCAAAGCCUCAACGGGCUCAUCGGCGGCUUCCAAUCCCAACUUGCCGCCGGGCAACUCACUCGGGACGUCGCCUUCCAGCGAUGCCAGCAACUCGCCCAGUCCUUCCAGGCCGCCUUGAGCCAAGCCAACGACUGUGGCACUUGCUUCAAAGACCCUGGCCAAUUCGGCAGCAUUGCAUCGAGCACCAUCAGUCAGUUUACCAACUUUGUCAGCUCGUUGCAAUCCACCUUCGGUGGGAACACCUUCAUCCAAAUCGCUUCCCCCUUGACGACUCUUAGCUCGUCGCUCCAGCAGCUCUAUCAGAGAACCUCCACCUCUUCGGCGUUCAGCUCUACCAGCAUCUUUCCCCAGAACUUCGGCCAGGUCAUGCAACCCAUCAUGCCCUCGCUCGCCCCAGCCUUCCAACAGUCGGCCUUCCAGAAGAAAUAG